AUGAUCAAGAUACAUCUCUCCGACCCGUACUUCGAAGACCCCGACACCUUCGUUGAUCGCCUGAAGACAAUCAAUCUCGAUCCCAUUCGACCUGACGAAAAUAUUGGUCGCUAUUCGGUCACAAUAGACGGCUUCCAAGCCCUCAAUAGGCUUGUUCACGUGUGUAAAGAGUCUCGACGGGAGAGUUUGACACACUAUCGCGUACAUUUUCCGUGUAGGCUCGUCAAACUUGGCAAGCACGACGAUUACCGCGCAGUUUUGUUGAACGCGGUGGCAGCAGACAAGCUCGAUAGCGUCGCGCCAAAAGGCAGCUUUUACAUGAACCCGGAAUGGGACUAUGUGGAAGUCAAGUGCUGGCCGAGAACGAGCGCACUUCUUUUGCCUUUUUUGAAUGAUCUGAGGAAACGAUAUGAUCCGGCCAUGGUCGGCUUGCUUAAUCUCAUCGUACCUUCAGAGGAUUUCUUCACCACCGACCUACAAGGACUCCGGAGUAUGAACCUCACACAAGACAUGAGAGAAAGUACGGCUGCCGCUCUACGGUCCCUCCAAAAUGUCUUUUUCAAGAGAAACACGAAAGUUGGACGCUUGAACCUCGGCAUUGUCUGGGGCGAUAUAUCGUCAGGCAUGACGCGGAAAUAUGGCUGCAGGAAGAGCACGAUAAGUGGUGGAUGGAUCGGUCUCUGUGGCCAUCAUGCGCAGACGAACGUGUCUUCGAGAAUGAAGAGUAUGUGA